AUGGUCGAGACCCGUCGGACGUCGCGUCGGCUCCAGGCCAAAGCGGCAGCUGUAGCCUCGAGCCCCACGCCGUCUACUGAACGCUCGAUUGUACCCACUAGUGCGACUGCUUGUGAACCCCAUUGCACGUCAGAGGAGAUGAAGGAGGAGGUUCCUGGACGACGAAGCGAGUCAAACCAACUGCUGGACCCGCAGGGUGUACCCAUUGUGGAGCUCGAGAAGCAGCAGACGAGUUGGAAGACAGAGACUGGAGCUGCGGAUGAUGAGGAUGAUGGAGACUUGAUAGUGAUAAAACAGGACGAAGAAGAGGACGAAGAUGUUGAGCACUACGCGCUGCUUGCUGCAUCAGGACUCAACUUGUCGUCGAGAUGUCCAAGUGGUUCAAAAUCCGAGCCAAUAGCUGCUUCGGUGAAACGGACUGUGGCUACCGCUGCUUUGGUGAAGCGGCGGAUGGUGUCGGACCAGCUUGACAGCGAUGCUUCGCAGUUUCAGGAGUUCUUUAGCUUUGGUGGUACCAAGCGCUCGACUGCAGCGGCGCUGCGGGCGGAUGCCCAGGCAACAGAAGAGGCUAAAAUCAUUGCAGCCAGCCGGAAAGCGGUUGCCCACUCAGAGCGACAACGCGUCGAGUCGCAACACAAAAAGUCAGCGGGUCGUCGCUGGUUCAACUUUGAGUCGGAAGAGAUGACGGCUGACGCCCGUCGCGACUUUGCUCUCCUGCGGAUGCGAAACUACUUGGACCCGAAAAAGUUCUACAAGAGUUCUGACCACUCGCGCGCACUGCCCAAGCAUUUCCAGAUGGGUCAAGUCAUCGAAGGCGCACACGAGUUCCACUCGGCUCGACUGACCAAGAAACAGCGUCGCCAAACGUUUACGGACGAGAUCAUGGCUGAUGAAGCUGUUGUGCAGUACACGCACCGUGUGGCUGGCAACAUCCAAGCAGCACGUAGUAAUCAGGGCCGUACGAAGAAGAAGCGACGAUACUAG